ACAUUAUUUCUGCUCAAUAGGUCACAACCAACAUUUGAUCAUUUCCGUGCGUCCCCAUUCAACCAUUCUUCACCUAAACUUCAAUUCCAACCAUUCCCCCUCCCAUUUUUGCAGGGACCACUGCAAUUCCUCAAUUCAUUAUUUCCUUUUAAAUAAACUAACAAGUGAACUUCCCCAAGCUCACUCGUUACUCCACCCGUCUCUGCUUUUCACAAUGGACUCCUCCAGCAACGACGUAGCUCGGGUGUUCCGCUUCUUCAAAGUCCUUAAAGACGGUAGCGUCCACUUCUUCAUGCCCCCCACCGAAAAAAUUCCCCCUUCCGACAACCCCAAAAACGGCGUCCGGUCCAAAGACGUCGUCAUAUCCUCCGACCCGCCCGUCUCCGCCCGUAUCUUCCUCCCCCCGAACCCCGACCCGACCCGCAAACUCCCCCUCCUCUUCUACAUCCACGGCGGCGGUUUCUGCAUGCAGUCUGCCUUCUCCCCCGGGUAUCACGACUUCCUAACCACCGUGGUCGCCGAGGCUAACUCCGUCGCCGUCUCCGUCGAGUACGGUCUCUUCCCGGACCGACCCAUUCCCGCCUGCUACGACGACUCCUGGGCCGCCUUCCAGUGGGUCGCCUCCCACGCCUGCGGCGACGGCCCGGAGCCCUGGCUCAACGAUUUCGCCGACUUCCGGCGAGUCUUCAUCGCCGGGGACAGCGCCGGCGGGAACAUUUCCCACACCGUUUCGGUUCGGGUCGGGUCGACCCGGUUCCCGGGGCUGAGGGUUGUGGGGGUGGUUCUGGUGCAUCCGUAUUUUGGGGGAACGGACGACGAUCAGAUGUGGCUGUAUAUGUGUCCGUCGAACGGUGGGUUGGAGGAUCCUAGGCUGAAACCGGCCGCAGAGGAUCUGGCUAGGAUCGGGUGCGACAGGGUGUUGGUGUUCGUGGCGGAGAAAGAUCAUCUGCGGAAGGUGGGGAUUUAUUAUCACGAGGAGUUGAAGAAGAGUGGGUGGAAAGGGACGGUGGAGAUCGUGGAGAAUGAAGGUGAGGACCAUUGCUUCCAUAUGUUUGACCCCACUUCUGAAAAGGCUGCGGAUCUGAUCAAACGGAUCGUAUCGUUCAUCAACCGGGAGUAGGCGGUACCAGCUAGGUUCCGCAGCAUGUGAUCUUUUCUGGGUCAUAAAUAAUUGUGUGUUGUUUCUUUUGACCCAUGUUUAUUUCAAGUUUGUCUUAUGAAUAGGGUAAGUCAUGGAUGGAAUGAAAUGCAAAUUUGAGUAAU